AUUCCUGUACUGUUUGCCUUCCUCGCUCUGGUCACCGAUCCAUAGUAUAAAAUCCACAUUCGCGAUUGCUUGCUUCCGGCGGGAAUCGACUUUCAAAUUCGUGGAUUUCGGACGAAAAGACUAAAAGAGCUUAACGAUUCUCUUCGAAUUGCUGCUGAUUUUGCCCUAGAAUUCAUCGGGAUGAAGGAAAUGGAUCCGGAUUCUGUGAGAGAGUUCAUACGAAGAGAAGUUCCGGACUGGGACGACGAGGUGGUUGCUACAGCCAGAUUCAAGGCUUUUAGUGGGCAGAGAUGCGAUUGGGAACCUAAAUUUCAUUUCUGGAGAGAUUUAAUUCUCAAGGUUUCGCGUCAAUUCGGUGUGUUCAUUAUUGAUCCCAUCCAGGUCAAGAAAGUGUGGUUUGAUCGAGGAGGGUUGACGCCUCUAUGCAUUGAUCAUGUACUGUCGGUGAUGUAUAAUGAUGGCGAUCUUAUGCGGUUUAGGGAUCUCGAAGAUCCGGGCAGUGGGCGCAUAUCACGUUUAUUGAGGAAAUUGAAGAAUUUAACGGUUCAAUCUGCCAUGACGCCAGAAAAAAUUCGGGAAGAUAGACUUGUUAUUAUUCCACUGUUGCAGGAAAAGGUGGCUGAGAUUGUGAAACUGUUAUCUGAGGGACACUGGACUUCUACAUGUGUUGUUACGUUGAAGCAGUUCCAGAAUCUGUUCAACGGGCCGGAUGAAGCAUCUGCUGUCUUGAGUUACUUGUCAGGAUGUGGAAAAGCGCAUUUUCUCUCUAUCAAUAGGGGAGAACGUAUAGAGGGUGUUAAAAUUUCCCUGACACAAGCAGUAGUUUCAAAUGUCUCAAGUGUGGAAUGGGAUGUUCUGCACUUGCUGAGGACUACAGAAAAGCUUCAGGAUCAAGUUGAUGUGACUGACCAACGUUAUGAAACUUCAAGGAAAUCAGCUUUGGUGUUAUUAAAAUCUGGAAACAAGAAGGCGGCUAUGAGGCAUGCAAGGGAAUUGAAGCUGGCAACUGAGAGCAGAGAAAAAUACACAUCUCUUCUGAACAGAGUAGAGGAAAUGCUAAACGUUGUAGCAGAUUCAGAAUCAACAAAAAUGGUUUCUGAAGCUAUUAAAACUGGAGCUCGGGCUAUGAAAGAGUUCAAGAUCAGCGCAGAAGAAGUUCAUGUAUGCUUGGAAGAAAUUGAGGAAACCAUUGAAUCGCAGAAGCAACUCGAAAAAACGCUUGAAUCAGCCCCAUAUCCAGAUAUUGAAGUUGAAGAUAUCGAAGAGGAAUUCAUGAAACUAGAGAUGGAGCUUGAAAGUGGCAGUUCCCAGGGUAGACCUGUGACUUCUGAUCCUGCAGAAAUACUGAGUGAUAUGCUCUCGGGGCUUAAGUUUGCCGAUAGCUCUGUUACAGAUCAAACAAUGCAGCAAACGGCUGAAGCAGUCCAAUUGAAGGAUACAGAAAAGCGCAUCCUUGAAGCUGCGUAACUAUAAGACAUUUUGGUUUGUGAUGUUCUUCCUGUCCAUCAACUUAUGUGUGAUCAUUGGUAAUCGUGUACACAUAUCUUCUUUAUGAAUGCUAUCCUAUUGUUUUACAAUACAA